AUGAAGCUCUUGGGUGAAGUGUUUAUUGUGGCCCUCUAUGCCAUAGGACUAUUUUCUUCAAUAACAAAGGCUGGAUUUGCAUGUCUCAGCAACCCAUGUAUUCAUGGAAUCUGCAUAGAUGACCUUAAUAGUUCUUAUACAUGCUAUUGUAUUGAUGGCUAUACUGGCAUACAGUGCCAAACAAAUUGGAAUGAGUGUUGGUCAAACCCUUGCAUGAAUGGAGGAACAUGCAUUGAUGGUGUUGCAUCAUACAACUGCACUUGUCCAGAUGGGUACAUGGGUAAUGCGACAAUGCAUUUAAUACUUCUAAUAACUUCAGUUUUUUAAACAGGUGAACAGUGUGAAGAAAAUUUUGAUGAGUGUGAGUCAAAUCCUUGUCUGAACAAUGGUACAUGUGUAGAUGAAGUCAAUGGCUAUGUAUGUCAGUGUCUACCAGGCUACUCAGGAGUAAUGUGUGAAAUUGAUGAAGAGGUCUGCAAUACCACAGCAGAAACAAAUUGCUACAAUGGAGGACUCUGUAUUGAGGGACCUGGAAUAUCAUUCAGUUGUAUUUGCUCUCCAGGAUGGUCAGGUACAUUCUGUGAACUGCCUGUUGAUGAAUGUGCUUCUACACCUUGCCAGAAUGGGGCAGUAUGUGUCGAUCUGAAAGCAGAUUAUGCUUGUGCCUGUUUGUUUGGCUUUACUGGGAAAAACUGUGAAGUAAAACUUGUGCGAUGUGAAGAUAAUCCAUGUGAAAAUGAUGCACUAUGUCUUAUUGAGAGUGGGGGAGCUGUGUGUUAUUGUGUUCCUGAUUUUCAUGGAAACAAGUGUCAGUAUCAGUAUGAUGAGUGCCAACUUGGACCAAGGUGCCUGAAUGGUGGUACGUGCCUAGAUGGUAUUGAUAAUUUCACUUGCUCUUGUCCACCCAAUUUUACUGGAAGAAUCUGUGAGUGCCUUAUAAUUUCACCUGGGCAUUUGAAUUGCUCAUUCAUAUUGCCAUCAACAAGUGAAUUUCCUACACAAACUACAACUGUGGCUUCAACUGAAUAUUUGACUUCAGCAUUUUCUUCUGACAGAACUGUACCUAAAUCUACCACACUUGCUGAAGGAAAGGUUUCUCACACUACAGCUCCAACAUUCACAGAGACAGUAUUACCUUCCUCAUCUACUUUUUCAUUUAUGGCAGGCACUAGUUCAACUCAUCCACCUUCUGAACCAAUAUCUUCAUAUUUUACAUCAUCAAGUGAAACAGCGGUGCCAGAUACUGAACUGAGUACAACUACUGCAAAACAAAUGUUUACAGAUGUUACAGUGUACCAAGAGAAGUCUUCCAGAACUACACCACAGACUGAAAGUUCAACAUUGACAAGUACUGAAAUGUUAGGAACAAAUAUUACAACUGAGAAAUUAAAACCAGUAAGUGUUCAGACAUUGACUGUACCUUCAUAUACUGAAAUGGUUAGUGAAAUAACAACACUGCCUUCAGUUGAAGAGAAGUCAACUUUAAUACCACCAGAUUAUUAUACAACGGGACCAUUUACAACAGAAAAAGUAACACUGCCACCUCCUUCAGGAGAAACAGAUGAAACAAAGAGCAUAUCUCUCACUUCUGUAGGUGUAGAAACAUUCAGUGAUGGUAUAUUUACAGUACUGCAAACUGUGAAGACUACUGCUCCAACUUCAGAUAUAAGUGCCUUAGAUACAACAGAAUUGGAAUAUACCACUGCCACUCAAGUUAUUCCAUCUGCUGAGACAGAAGUGUACACAUCAACUGCAAAAAUACCAGACUGCUCCGUUACUCCUUGUCUCCAUGGAGGAACUUGUACAUAUUUUGAAGGUGGGAGUCAGCCAGUUCCUCUAAUACUGAAGUUGCACAACUUGUCAAGUAACAUGGAGAUAUUGACACAGUCAAAAGCCUUUUCAGGAUCAAAGAACACACCAAUGCUCUUGAGAUUUAUUUCAGGUCCUGUCACAGUCAUCAUGUAUGACAGAAUGCCUGGGCUUCAGGGAAGCCUCUUUAAUUUGGAGAAAACUAUUCAGUAUUUGUUAUCCACAGGUUGCAAAUGUAAGUCUGAAUGGACUGGGCCUCUAUGUGAUGUGUACACAGGAAAUGAUACAGUUGCAUUCAGAGAGCAUUCAUUCGUUACACACCACCUUAUUGAAAAAACAGGUGCCAAAAUUGAAGUCCAGGCACGAACACUAGUGCUGAGUGGUAUUCUGCUGCAUGCUCAACUUACAUCAAAUGUUUAUAUGGCUGUUUACAUUGAAGAUGGAUUACUCAAUUUCCAAUUCUCUUGUGGAGUUCAAACCAUGCUUUUCACAGAAGUCCGAAGUCUGGUUAACAAUGGAUAUGAUUUAAAAGUGCAAGCAAUGCUUGAAUUACUGCCUUACAGCAUUGUUCCUCAGCACUGCAAUGCAUACUUACGAAUUAAUGAUUCACUUGCCAUGAGUGGAGAACAGAUAGCUGCAACUUCUCAGAUUGGCAGAACAGUGAAUGUAUUGUACUUAGGAGGAUUCCCUGCAGAAUUUUCUGAUCUCAGUGAAGUUCAGAUGAAAACUGGAUUCAUCGGUUGCAUGCAUGGCCUUAUGGUUGAUAAUAUGCCACGUCAUAUUUUACAUGACUCAUUGAGUGCUUCAGGCAUUUCUGAAUGUGCAUCACUUGCAUGUUUGUCAAAUCCUUGUUAUGAUGGUGGAACAUGUGUAGAACAUAAUGAUGAGUGGAACUGUUUAUGUCCUUCAGGGUAUGUUGGGAAAGCUUGUGAGAAAUCAGUCUGUGAAGUAAAUCCUUGUCAGUUUGGUGCAACAUGUGUUAUUUUCCCUGGUAGUGGCUUCCUUUGUCUUUGCCCUCUGGGAAAACAUGGAAUUUUCUGUGAGCAUGACUUAAACAUUGGUCAGCCUUCUUUCUCUCCGUCAGUUUCUGGAUUUUCAUCAUACACUGCAUACCCUUUACCAGGAACUAUUCACCACAAUAUGGAACUAAGAUUCCGUUUCAAACCAUCAAGCAUGGAACAGAUAGCACUAAUGAUUUUUGUUGGGCAAGAUGGUUCUCAUGAUGCUCAAUCUGAUCAUCUUUCUGUGAGCUUCAUAAAAGGUUAUGUUGUUCUUACUUGGAAUCUUGGAUCAGGACCACGGAGAAUCUUCACACCACGUCCUGUCACUCAGCGAGCAAAAAGACCACAUUUUGUGAGUCUGGGUAGAUCAGGAAAACAUGCUUGGCUUCGUGUUGAUAACCUGAAGAAUGUUACCGGAACAUCUCCUGGUCAUAUGACUCAGCUAAAUACACAUUCUCCAUUAUACAUUGGUGGCCAUGAAUCAGCAAAUUUUUCAUUGCUACCUCAUGAUCUACCAUUGCACAGUGGCUUCUCAGGUUGUCUUUUUGAUGUGGAGUUGAGGACAGGCAGAAUUUCAGUUCCACUUCAGAAGACAAGGACUGCCACUGGUAGAAGUGUUGGUCAGUGUGGAACCACAGAAUGUCAUGAACAUGCCUGUCAGAAUGGAGGUGCAUGCCUGCAUCAUGGUGCAUCUUUUGUGUGUCUUUGUGCAGAUGGGUGGUUUGGACCAGUAUGCGCACAACAGUACAAUCCCUGUGACUCAUCACAACACAAAUGCAGCUCUGGUGCAACAUGUGUACCACUCAUUAAUGGAUAUGAGUGUGAUUGCCCUUUUGGAAAAGUGGGCACUUACUGUGAAAGAAAUGAAACACCAUCCGAUGUUCACUUCUCUGGAAGGCGGUCUUUUAUAUCUCUGCCUAUCAAAAAUCUACAUGAAAAUGAAAUAUGUAUUGAACUAGAAAUUCGACCACUGGCUGACAGAGGGCUCCUAUUGUUCAUAGGGCAGCCAGAUACAAACAGUUUCAUGUCACUUUCACUUCAGGGCGGAGUGCUUGAACUUCGAAUUCUCCCCGUAGGUGGUCAGUCAAGAAAACGCAGUGAAACUAUUGUUAUACGAAGUGGAAGAGUCCUAGCCCCAAGAGAAUGGCAUCAAGUUCUUGCUUGGAGAUAUGGUCGAAAGCUUUAUCUAAGAGUUGAUGGUAGUCUAAGCACUGGGACAAUGCAUGCUGGAGAAAGACUCCCAGCUCUUGGAAAGAUUCUAUAUUUAGAAAAACUGACAACCCCAAAAGACAAAUUCACAAAACUGAAGUCUCUACGAGUUUGUACAAAGACAGCAGAGUUCAGAUGUUACAGAGGCCUCACACUAAUGGCAGGUAAAAAGCUUCUCUCUUCUACAUUGCUAUACAGAGGCAAUAAUGAGAUACUUGUUCAAGGUGUAUCUAUAAUGUCUGUCAUCAUUAACGCUGCAAUUGGACACAAAGUGUCAAAUGCACAUAAAAGACGAAGUGUUCUGGCAUGCAGAACAAUACCAGUUCGCUUCUUUUCUACUUUUUUUGCCGGUGAAUUGGAUCUUCGUCUCCGAACAGCUCUAACGCACUCCUUGGACUCCGCCGUGUGCCUUGACGGCGUCGUACAUCAGUCUUCUGCUCAUUACAGAUUGUUCCCUCAUAUUCUCGAAGAGGCACUCUUUGUUCACCGAGAAUCCUCGCUUCGCAGCUGCUUGACCGUGCGACAAAGUGAGCGCGAUUUCCAUUGCCUUCUGCAGCUCGUGGCACGUUGCAUUCUGGUUUUUGAGACAUUUCAUCCAAAACUCAUCCAGCCUUCUUCUUUACAACAGAAGCUUCUGCUUUAUCGGCACAUACACCAUCCAUCCAAUUGCUCUCCGCCAAAAUCUGUAGAAAGGAAUGAAAUCCUUGAUCAUUCCUCUUCUGCAUUCGCUCCGGAACUUAGAGCGAUUUCAAGGGCUGUGAGAGACCUGCCCUUUCUGAAUUCAUUCUUGACAGCGAACCCAAUCUUGACGUGGUUCACACCCAAAAGAUUGGAUUCUUUGUCCAAAUUAACUGACGGUGAAAUCUUCGUCGGCUGCACAAAACGUGUCAUCGUUGUCUCCAUUAUCUCCGUCAAAGCAGAGUGGAGGAAUGGUGCUAACGGCCAAUUGGAUUGGAAAUCCUUUAGGAAAGGUGUCAAGCCUCCAGCAAGAGUCUUGAGAAAGGCAAUUUUCAGACCAAUUUUCCAACAAAUAUUCGCAGAAACGGAAGCAUUACUAGAGCUCACUGAGCAACUUCCACAUUCUCCAGCCAUCGGAUCGCGCAAAACUUUAAGGGAAACAGCUCCGAUUCCUUCCCUUAAGAACGCGAAGUUGACGUUAGGGCCGUCCAUCGAUACUUGUAAAAGUUUUUUCAUUGCUUCACUGGGAAUUUUUUUCUUGAAGGACUCGAGUAGCUUAGCUGCCGUCGAACUGCCUAGAAAAGCCGAUCGCAUGCUCUUGGCCACUUCACUGGCGGGGAACAUUGCGGGGAAAAGCAACACGUCGUUCGCAGAACUAUGCAGUGACUUGUGUGAAAUGAUGCACUCCAAACACCACAGUAUUUCUGCCUUUGUUACUUCGUCCUUUAUUGCCAUCCGAUCAAUUCCUCCCAGUUUAUUCCCGGCUUUUGACAUUGCAGUGACAUGCUUUUGCGGAGGCACAACAAUUCCAGCGGCCAACGCCACUGAAUCCGCAGAUGUGGUAGUGGAAGUAGAAUCUGGCUGCUGGGUUGAAGUGGUCGCCGCCGGUCGGGUUACGGAUGUUAAUGAGGGUCCCUGGACAUCACCCACAUUUAGCACUAUAAAGUCGCAGUGGUUGUUGGUGGGUAACCUUUAUUGGAGAAAGAGGAAAGAUGGAUGUAAAUUAGGCUGCUCCUCGUUAUUACGCAUAAUGAAAUAUGACACAAUGAGUGUUACCUACCUUCUAAUUUUACACGUACAGUACGGCACCUCAAUUAUAAAGACGAAAGAUAUUAAGGCCACCGCCCUCAUCGAGCAAAGCUCUGAAGGCUUCGCCACCUUUUCACUAGCUCUGUAUAUUUGGACCAUUGAAUCGGAACAUUUGCCCUUAAAGAUUUGCGUGAUCCGAUGGCUGGAGAACUUAGAUGUUGCGGAGUGCACUCUAGUAACUGCUUCUGUAUUUGCCAAUGAUCGCAUAGGGCCAAAGCAGUCUGUAGAGUGUAAAAUUAGAGGUACUGGAGAUCUGUCAAACUUGCCAAAUGCUGCAAUGGCUACACUACCAGAACCAUUUACAGGCUGCAUAAGGAGAGUUUAUUUAAACUGGGAGAAAAUCCCAUUGGAUGAAAAGAAUAUGAUUGCAGCACGUAAUGUAGCUGACUGUGAUGGAACACCAUGUGGUGGUGAUGUUUGUGAACACGGUGGGACUUGCUGGUUAGAUCCGUACUCUCAACCUCGUUGCAGCUGCAAGAAGUUCUAUACAGGAGCAUUUUGUGAAAGUCAAUUAACAUGUACAGAAAGCAGCUGUCAAAACAAUGGACGAUGCAUGAACAGAACUUCAGCAAUUGCAGAAUGUUCCUGUCCCCUUGGCUGGGGAGGAGCAACUUGUGAAGAAGCUGUAAUGACCAUAUCGCCUCAUUUUGGAGGGAACGGCUACCUUGUUGUUGAAGGAAGUGGGAAAAGUGCAAAACAGAAUGAACUCAGCGUGCAAACCAAAAUGGAAAUUGGUUACUUAUACAUAAAUUUUUCCACUAUUGAGACGAAGGGAAUGAUUCUAUGGAGCUCAAUGGGACAAGAGUAUUUGGGUAUUGGCAUAGAAGAAGGACUGUUAAAGUUUGCAUGGGGACAUCCCACUACAAACCGUACACUGUUACUGGUCUCUGGUGGUGUAGCUGCUGAUGGCACCUGGCAUACUUUGGAGAUUGACCUUAGUCCAAGGAACAUCACUGUAUGGUUUGACAGUCAGCUUAUUCAUUCUGAAACAGAAGAAGGUGAAGGCAGCAAAAAAUUUCUAAUCACAGAUGGAAUAUUCUAUCUGGGUGGAUUCCCUGGAGAAGAAUCUGUAACAGAAUUAUCAAAUGGAUUAUUUUCAUCACAUUUCAUAGGAUGUAUCAAAGAACUAGCAUGGAAUAAAAAUACCAGUGUCACUGAUUUCUCAGAUUACCAGGGAGAAAAUGUUGGGAGCUGUGCUUCAAUACAAACAUAA